AGGAGGAGGAGGAGGAGGAGGCGGUGGAGAUGGUGAUGAUGGUAAUGGUAUCGGUGGCGGCUGCUGACAGUCAUGCCUGCAAUGUUUAUCAACACUGCUUGCUACUAAACACGAAAAGUACUCACCAGGCAUUGGUGCAUUACUAUUAUCGGACCUGAUUGCAGCUAUUAGCCCGGGUACCGGCGAAUUAACAGUACCAGAACCAAAGUUACCGCGGGUACUGACGGAUAAAAGCUAUCGUCAGAUUACAUUAACGGAUUAAAGCUACCGGCCGAGUAGUGACGUAUUAAUCUUAUCACUACUGUAUGCAGAUUGGAACGUAUAUUGGUGGAUUAAUAGCGUUUAGACUGUAUGCUGGCGGUUGAAGAUAUUUAACCGGAUACCAGAGGAUUAACGGAUUCGGAUCCAAGCAUUGGAAGUUAAAAAGUAUGAAACCAGGUGCUUACGGAUUAAUCAGGGCGGAACCAGAUUAUUGUGACAUCAUAUUCCAUCAGUAGAUAUCUAAUUCAUAUUGGUUUCGCUCAUAUACAAAGAGAGGCAGAUAGAAAGCGAAAUCAUCAGAAAUAAAAGGAAAUACUUUCCAGAGGAUAUAUAUCAACGUAAACAAAUAUAACAUCAACCAUGAAUUCAAGUGAAGAAGAGGAUUAUGAAUACGAUUACGAUAAGACAGUUUCUGUGAUUCCUCUCGAAGAAUUGGUCCCGGUGUCGAUUGUGUACAGUAUUACACUGUUCCUCGGUGUGACAGGAAAUUCGUUGGUUAUUUUCUGCAUUCUCAGGUACAACAGAAUGAGAAGCAUCACAAAUAUAUUACUACUGAGUCUUGCGUCUGCAGAUCUUCUGCUUGUUGUGAUCUGUGUACCGAUUAAGGGUGUGGCAUUUUUUUCCUUUACAUGGACAAUGGGAGAAGUCUUAUGCAAAGCUGUUCACUAUUUGCAGAAUGUGUCCAUGCUUUGUUCCGUUUUCACAUUAACGGUCAUCAGCAUAGAGAGGUACAUUGCUAUUCGACAUCCCUUGAAGGCAAAGUACAUAUGUACGCUGGUGCAUGCGAGGUUAGUGAUAAUGGGCGUCUGGAUUUUGUCGUUCAUCGGAUCCCUUCCUGUUUUGUUUGGACAACUAAUUUUGAUUUAUGGGAACACAAACAUAUCAACACCGGUUUUCAAGCCGUGGGUCUUGCUCCCAAACAAACGUCUGAUACUUUUGAUUAGUUACGGAAACGUAAUCAAACUAACACCGGUUGUCUGGCCGGUAGAAGGACAAGCACACACACAAACAUACACACACACACUGAGUACACUCUGUUACGUGUACCUGGUUAUACCCUUUACGUGUACUUUACGUGUACUCGGCUAUAUUCUUUCAAUAUUUCUUUUUUUCUCUUAUUUCAGUAUGGUGAAUAACGGUUGCAUCAAAGAUAGCAGUGGAUCACGUACGGGCUUCCGUAGUAUUUAUAUUACUGGAGAUCGCAGAAGAAAGAAAACUACAGAAGAAGAUGAUAAAACGAAGAUGCAGGUAGUGAAGAUGCUUGUCGUCGUAGUUCUGCUGUUUAUUAUCUGCUGGGCACCAAUUCUUAUCAACAACGUUAUGAUCGGAUUCGAUUAUCUACCCCGAUUGCAUUACGGCUAUUUGAAACCGAUGCGCAUGGCUUUUAACCUGAUGGCGUACUUCAACAGUUGCAUAAAUCCAAUAGUAUAUUCGUUUAUGUCGAAAAACUUCCGUGAGAAAUUCAAACAUUCGUUCCGUACUUUAUUUCGUGGUCGAUUCACUGGAGCGGAUCGCAUCUGGACACAGCGGGGGACGGUGUCGUUUACAACGAGAACUACGUCACUGAACCGUAGCAAAUUGUACUCAAUGAAAGGACCCGUAGAGAAAGACGUUAGUAUUUCCAGCGUUACUGAAAACUGCAAAAUUAUUUUGGUACCGGACUAAUCCUUAUAUAACAGAACAACCAAAAGAUGAAAUAAAAAAAAUUAAC